CCAAAUCCUAGAAAAGAGCCAGUUAAAAGAACUAAGCCCGUCGUGCCCAGUCUAGACAGCCACUGCCGCUUAUAAUCUUAGUGUCUGAGCAGGAGCUUUGGGAGAACCCACGCUGCCUCGAACACGCGAUAAAUGAGGAAAUAAGGGGAGGGGGAGGAAGACUGAAGAGGUUGCCUGGGAAUUUUGGGAAACCAGCAAGAGAUAGAAAGAAAAAUUCCAUUUAAAGUAACUGCAGGAAGUAUGAAACACUUGGAAGUCUCCCUGCCACAACACACCGAAGAUCAUAGAAGGAAUGUUACCUAUGUCAUACAGAUAUAUUUCUAAGAAUGUUAGCCUGUGAAAGUUGAGGAUUGAUCCCAAAAGAUACUCUGCUGCUGGAAGCCCUUCCUAUUUGGCCUAUACUACCCUUCUGAUCUCUUGCUUCCCCUCUCAUCCCAAAUGUCCUGAAGGGCCAUCUCUAACCAUGGGUCUCAACCUUCACACCUCACCCAGAAUCUCGUGGAGGGAAGAAUUCUGAUUCAGGAGUCAUUGAAACCGACUGACAUCUGCCCAUUUGGAAUAUGAAUACCCUUCCUGACUCUUGGGGCUCUAUAGAGUAAUGGGACAGAAGAAGGAAUAAGAGGGUGGACAGUAGUCUUCAAUUCAGACCAUCUUGGUUUCCAAGCCUAACUCCACCUGCUGCUUUCCUCUUUUGGGUAGAGCUUCUCCCUGGAAGGCUGUGCCAGGGACUGGGUGACUCCCCAGGAACCUCACCCAGGCAGUGACGGGCAGACGUCUCCCGCUCUGGGAUCCUUCUCCUUCCCUUGCUCCACCUGAGGAGGGCAUGGCUCCUGGACCCCAAAGAUUCUCAUGGCAGGAGUUCCUGACAUUCAAGGAUGUGGCUGUGGAUUUCACCCAGGAGGAGUGGAGCCUCUUGGACCGUUUUCAGAAAGAGCUCUACAAGGAAGUCAUGCUGGAAAACUUCCAGAACCUGCUUUUCCUGGGAACUCCAGUUCUCAGAGAAGAUUUGGUCUCCCACUUUGAGGAAAGGGAAGCAUCGUGGAUCCUGGAUCAAUUAGACCUGAGAUACCUCUGUCCAGAUGCUGAGACAAGAUCUGAAGUGAAUGAGACUCCUGCAGAGUUAAGCAUUUCUGUGGAAAAAUUUCACCAGCAAAGGUUGAUGACUGAUGGGCCCUGUGACUUUAAUUUGAGAGAAAUCUGUGAUUUGGAUAUCAAGAUAGAGAAAGACCUAAAUAAUCACUAUGAAUUUGAUAAAGAUAGAAAAGGUUUCAGACAAUAUUCAGCCUUAAUUCAGUGUAAGAAAAUGACCUCAGGAAAUGAAGGUUUUCAAUUCAGUGAAGAAAGGGAAUGCUUUCCUGAAAAGGUUGGACUUAUGCAAGCUUCUGAGAAGCUUUCUGAAAUGCAAAUGUAUCAAGAUAACCAAAGGGAAAUGGCCUUCAGUUUGACUAAAGACCUUAUUAGACCUCAGAAAAAUUAUACGGGGAAAAUGGUUUAUAUAUUUAAUGAAGAUAGGAAGACCUUUAGCCAGAACUCAAAGGUCAUUGGCCAACAUAAGAUUCACACUGCAGGGAAACCUUAUGAAUGUAAUCAGUGUGGAAAGGCUUUCACAAAUAGGUCAAGUCUUGCUAUACAUGAGAGAAUCCACACUGGAGAAAAACCUUAUGAUUGUACUCAAUGUGGAAAGACUUUCCGAACGAGAUCCAGUCUUAAUGAACAUCAGAGAAUCCACACUGGAGAAAAACCUUAUAAAUGUAAUCAAUGUGGAAAGUCUUUCAGACAGAGCUCCAGUCUUUAUCUUCAUCAAAGAAUUCACACGGGAGAAAAAACUUAUGAAUGUAUGCAAUGUGGAAAAACUUUCACAAAAAGGUCCACUCUUGCUAACCAUCUGAGAAUCCACACUGGAGAGAAACCUUAUGAUUGUACUCAAUGUGGAAAGACUUUCAGAACGAGAUCCAGUCUUAGUGAACAUCAGAGAAUCCACACUGGAGAAAAACCUUACAGAUGUAAUCAAUGUGGAAAGACUUUCAGACAGAGCUCCAGUCUUUAUCUCCAUCAAAGAAUCCAUACUGGAGAGAAAACUUAUGAAUGUAAUCGGUGUGGAAAGACUUUCACAAAAAGAUCCACUCUUCACAUACAUCAGAGAAUCCAUUCUGGGGAGAAAAUUUAUGAUUGUGAUCAGUGUGGAAAGGCUUUCCCAGAUAGGGCCAAUCUGACUAACCACGUAAGAAUCCACACUGGAGAGAGACCUUAUCAAUGUAAUUAUUGUGGAAAGGCUUUUACACAGAACUCUAAUCUUGCUAACCAUCUCAGAAUUCACACUGGAGAGAAACCCUACGAAUGCAAUCAAUGUGGAAAGGCUUUUACACAGAACUCUAGUCUCGCUGUGCAUCAGAGAAUCCACACUGGAGAGAAACCCUAUGAAUGUAAUCAGUGUGGCAAGACUUUUAGACAGAACUCCAGUCUUGUUGUACAUCAGAGAAGCCACACUGGAGAGAAACCUUUUGAAUGUAAUCAGUGUGGAAAGACUUUCAGACAGAGGGCUUCACUUACUCAACAUCAGAGAAUUCACACUGGAGAGAAAUAAUAGGAAUAUAAUCACUAUAGGAAGGCUUUCAAACAUCUCUAGUUUUCCUCUUCAUUGGGGAAUCCAAACUGGAGAGAAACCUUUUGAAUGUAAUUAGUAUGGCAAAGCCUUCAAGUAACAGUCAUCCCUGAUUUUCAUUAGAAAAUUCCUUUAAGAUAGAAAUUUUAUCACCAUAAUGAAUGAGGAAAGAUAUUCAAAUAGAUUAUAGAGCUUGUUCAGCAUCAGAAAAUUAAUUCUGGAAGAAUGCUCUAUAUGGACUAAAUGGAGAUAAGCUUUAAUUCAAAGAGCAUCUCUUAAUUUAUAUCAGAAGAUUCAUUUUUGGAGAGAAAUAUUACAAAUUUGUUCAAUGGGAACAUGAUUUUGUUUGAUAGAAAGAUCACUAGAUAUUUGAAUAUUCAUGCUGGAAGGAAGAUUUGUAAAAGCAAUACCUUUUGUCAAUAUCAAGGCCUAUACAUAGAGUUCAUGUUUGAUUACAAAUUGGAGAAAUUCUGGAAAUAAAAUGGAUCUGAGUAGUGAGACGAAGCCUCUUGCUGUGAUACAGACUUUUUUGACACCCCCCAUAUUUCAUAUUGUUCAUAAAUCCCUAAUAAUUAUUUUUUGAAAGCUGUCUACUGAUCAAUAACAUUCCAUAGCAUUUGAUCUUCAUUUAUUUUUUUCAAAUUUGUAAAAUUUUCUAUACUUCAGAUUAUCUACUCUUUAAACAAAAUUUAUAUUUGGAUUAAAAAUUCAAGCCAUGGUUGUGAAUGGUACCUAAAUAUGUUUUCUUCUGUUCUUGUUUUUUCAUUCCAUCAGUAAAAAUUCUACUUCUUCCAUCCAACUCAAAUGAGCAAGAAAGAAAAACAAACCCCCUACUAGAGAUAUGUCCAAGUCCAUGGCUCUUCACUGUUUUAAUUUGUUCUUUUGGGACCCUUGCAGUAUUUUUUCUUUGACCUUAAAGUCCUGGAUGUGUGAUGAUCCCAUAAGUUUUCAUUGUGGAGUUUUUUUUGUUUGUUUUUUUUUUUCCCCAAGGUGAUAAGUAAAUUCUUUUUCUACUUUGACUUCAGGUCUUAAAGAGACUUGGGCUGCCAUUUAAAAAAAAAUACAAUACCUGGGCUCUAAUUUCGAUGGCUUUAAGAUAUAAUAGCUAAGAUUCAUAUAAAUCUUAUAUAAGUAGCACUUUGUCUCUAGUACUCUGCUAAGUGCUUUAUAGUUAUCUCAUUUGAUCCAACAACCAUCCUAUAGCAAGAUUUUUCAGAGUCCUUUUAGCUAAUCAUGCUAUGGCAUGAAUAAGGCAACUCGGGAUACAAGAAGACAAGUACACCGAAGUUUACUUAAAAUUGUGACAUAUACAAUCAGUAGGUAAUAGACAUGUAAGGCAAAUACAUAUGUGUAUAUAUUUUAUAUGUGUGUAUUGUAUAUACAUG